CAUUGAGUUGCGCACGCAUUGAAUGACGAAUCCGCUGGAACUGGAAAAUCAUUAGCUAUCGAUUUUGCCUUUUAUUUCGGUUUCGUCGCCGCUAAAGUCUGUUCGCAGACUGUUGCGACGGAGCCUACUUAUUAUAUGUUUUUAAUUGUGUAGUGUGAAAGAAAAAAAUCGCAAAAAUGGGUUCGCUGUUUAGAAGUGAGGAAAUGACUUUGUGUCAACUUUUUCUGCAAAGUGAAGCAGCUUAUGCUUGCGUGUCCGAACUUGGUGAACUGGGACUAGUUCAAUUUCGCGACCUGAAUCCAGACGUGAACGCUUUCCACCGUAAGUUCGUCAAUGAGGUCCGCCGCUGCGAUGAGAUGGAGCGCAAACUCCGUUACUUGGAAAAGGAGAUCCGGCGAGACGGGAUACCCAUGUUGGAGAUCCCGGGGGAGUGUCCCGAGGCACCCCAGCCCAGGGAGAUGAUCGACCUCGAGGCCACCUUCGAAAAGCUAGAGAACGAACUCCGUGAAGUGAAUCAAAAUGCCGAAGCCCUGAAGAGGAACUACCUCGAGCUGACGGAACUCAAACAUAUACUGAGAAAAACUCAAGUGUUCUUCGAUGAGCACGAGGGUGGUGCCAAUACCACUGAAUCGAUGACGCGUGCGCUGAUUUCCGACGACCCCAACAAACAUAUGGGACACGUCCAAUUAGGUUUUCGGGAUAAGCAAGAAUCCUUGGAAUUCCUGCCUUGUUUCGUAGCGGGUGUGAUCCUGCGCGAGCGCAUCCCCGCUUUCGAACGUAUGCUGUGGCGCGCGUGUCGCGGCAACGUCUUCCUCAGACAGGCGGAGAUUGACAGCCCCCUAGAGGACCCCUCGUCUUCGGACCAGGUGUACAAGUCGGUGUUCAUCAUCUUCUUCCAAGGUGACCAGCUGAAGACGCGCGUCAAGAAGAUAUGCGAGGGCUUCCGCGCCACGCUCUACCCCUGCCCCGAAGCGCCCGCAGACCGCCGUGAGAUGGCCAUGGGUGUUAUGACACGGAUUGAAGAUCUUAACACUGUGUUAGGUCAAACUCAGGACCACCGUCACCGCGUGCUGGUGGCAGCUGCUAAGAACAUAAAGAACUGGUUCGUGAAGGUGCGCAAGAUCAAGGCGAUCUACCACACGCUGAACCUGUUCAACCUGGACGUGACGCAGAAGUGCCUCAUCGCGGAGUGCUGGGUGCCCGCCCUCGACCUGGAGACCAUACAGCUCGCGCUCAGGAGGGGCACGGAGCGUAGCGGCAGUUCCGUGCCGCCAAUUCUGAACCGCAUGGAGACGAUGGAGAAUCCGCCGACUUACAACCGCACCAACAAGAUCACCUCCGCCUUCCAGAACCUCAUCUACGCGUACGGCGUCGCCUCAUACCGUGAGGUCAACCCCGCUCCGUACACGAUAAUAACGUUCCCGUUCCUGUUCGCGGUGAUGUUUGGUGAUCUCGGGCACGGCGCCAUCAUGGCCGCCUUCGGGUUCUGGAUGUGCUACAAGGAGAAGCCGCUGCAGGCAAAGAAGAUUGACAGCGAGAUCUGGAACAUCUUCUUCGGUGGUCGCUACAUUAUUCUACUGAUGGGUCUAUUCUCCAUGUACACCGGUUUGAUAUACAAUGAUAUCUUCUCCAAGAGUCUGAACAUCUUCGGCUCGUCUUGGCGCAAUAAUUACAAGAACGAUACGCUGGUCGCCAACAAGCUGCUGCAGCUCAACCCUGACUCAGAAGACUAUAUACAAACUCCGUAUCCAUUUGGAAUUGAUCCCGUUUGGCAGCUCGCCGAGUCCAACAAGAUAAUCUUCAUGAACGCUUACAAGAUGAAGAUAUCCAUCAUCAUCGGUGUCUUCCACAUGCUGUUCGGUGUCUGCAUGUCUCUCUGGAAUCAUAUUUACUUCAAACGUCGCAUCAGCAUCUAUGUGGAGUUCAUCCCGCAGAUUGUAUUCCUGAUGGUGUUGUUCUUCUACAUGGUGCUGCUCAUGUUCAUCAAGUGGACCACAUACGGACCCACGCCUGGACAUUUCGGCGACCCCAGUGUGAUCAAGACUUCUGGAUACUGUGCACCAUCUGUACUGAUCACUUUCAUCAACAUGAUGCUGUUCAAGCGAGAUGAGAACGCGCGGCCGCAGUGUGAUGAGGUCAUGUUUGCAGGACAGAUUGGUCUGCAGAAGUUCUUCGUGGUGGUGGCACUGCUGUGUGUGCCGGUCAUGUUGUUCGGCAAACCAUACUUCAUAAUGCAGGAGCAGAAGAAACGUGCUCAAAGUCAGCCUCUGCAGAAUACUGAGACUGCAGAGAACGGCGCUGCUGCCGGUGCUGUUCAGCCAGCAAACCCACACGAUAACGAGGAGAUCUCCGAGGUCUUCAUACACCAGGCUAUCCAUACAAUCGAGUAUGUGCUGGGCAGUGUGUCGCACACAGCGUCGUAUCUGCGUCUGUGGGCGCUGUCACUUGCGCACGCGCAGCUCGCUGAGGUCGCCUGGAACAUGCUGCUGCGUAAAGGUCUGAAGUCGUUCGGUUUCCAAGGCGGUAUCUACCUGUACGUAAUGUUUGCGUGUUGGGCCGCCAUCUCCGUCUCCAUCAUGGUGCUCAUGGAGGGGCUCUCCGCAUUCCUGCACACGCUGCGUCUGCACUGGAUCGAGUUCCAGAGCAAGUUUUACGCUGGUGAGGGCUAUUUAUUCCAGCCAUUCUCAUUUGAGGUGCUGCUCGACUCUUCAGGACAGCCUGAGGAGUAGCUUCUGUCAUGACCUCACAAAAUUUAACUAAACAUAGUAGAACUACUACAUCUUCAGUAAAAUUU